AUGUUGUUCUUUUGGGCAAAACUGAUAUUUAUUGUUCUUAUUCUUUGUUCAUUUUCAUCGUUAAGCGUACAACAAUAUACGCCUGAUUGGACAUCUCUCGAUGCACGUCCUUUGCCGAGAUGGUAUGACGAAAGCAAAGUGGGUAUUUUCAUUCAUUGGGGACUCUACAGUGUUCCAGCUAUUGCUUCCGAAUGGAUGUGGUGGGAAUGGAAAGGUAAAAAUCCGGACCAAAGCGUUAUCGAUUAUAUGGCAGCAAACUAUCCACCGGAUUGGACGUAUGCAGAUUUUGGUGCACAGUUUCGUGCAGAUCUCUAUAAUCCAAACGAAUGGGCGGAUCUAUUCGCUGCGUCUGGUGCCAAGUAUGUUGUACUUACCAGCAAGCAUCACGAAGGUUAUGCUAUGUGGCCAUCAACAUAUUCAUUCAAUUGGAACUCGAUGCAUGUUGGUUCCAAACGAGAUUUAGUUGGAGAAUUAGCCGCUGCUGUUCGAAACCGAACGAAUCUUGUUUUUGGUUUGUACUAUUCUCUCUUUGAAUGGUUCAAUCCAUUGUAUCUACGUGACAAGUCGAAAAAUUUUACCUCUCAAGAUUAUUCAAAAACAAAAGCCAUACCUGAAUUGAAAGAAAUGAUUGAAACAUACAAGCCUGAAAUCGUCUGGUCUGAUGGUGAAUGGGAACCAUACGCUGCCUAUUGGAAUGCAACACAAGUUUUAGCUUGGCUCUACAAUGAAAGUCCAGUGAAAACUACUGUUGUGACCAACGAUCGAUGGGGUCGUGAAACGUCGUGCAAACAUGGUGGUUUCUACACUUGUUCGGAUCGUUUUAAUCCGGGUCAUUUGAUCGAUCACAAAUGGGAAAAUUGUUUCACAAUUGAUAAACAAUCAUGGGGAUAUCGUCGUACUGCGAACAUUGCCGAUUAUAUGACGAUUGAAGAAGUACUUAGCGAAAUAGUGACAACGGUCAGCACUGGAGGAAAUGCAUUGGUGAACGUAGGUCCUAAUAUGCAUGGAAAAAUUCCGCCAAUAUUUCAAGAACGUCUGCAACAGAUGGGAUCGUGGUUGAAAGUGAAUGGCGAAGGAAUUUAUUUGUCGGUACCAUGGAAAUAUCAAAAUGAUACAAUCAAUUCUGAUGUUUGGUAUACUUCGUCGAAAGAUGGUAGAUAUGUGUACGCUUUCCUUCUUAUCUGGCCGAAGAAUACCACUGAAAUCAUAUUGGGUGCCCCGUUGACUUCAGCAAGCACAGUUGUAACAAUUCUUGGUUCAAAUGGUGAUUCUCUUCAAUGGAAAACAGCGAAUAGUGGUCGUGGUAUUGUAAUUGAUACGUCGAAUAUCAAACUUCAUUUACUCGAAAGUCAAUGGGUGUGGACAUUUCGAUUGACAAAUUUAUUAACUGACAAUACUACUUUGCCUACGAUUCAACAAACAACGUCGACUGUACAGUCAACUCCUCGAGGAAAUGCGAACAUCUCUUUUUCUUCUUCUUUCCUGUUGUUCGUGCUUCUUUGUGUUUACUUUAUGUAA